CUACAUAUCAUUGUAUAUAAUACACUGACAAUCCUGAAAUUUAAAUUAACACGCACAAUACAUAAAAAUAUAUAAAAUGUUUUAUUGAAAAAGUAUCUUUUAAUAUAAUAUAAUAAAAAAUAACUUAUAAUAUAAUUAUACGAAAAUGUAAAGUGGGGGCAUUCGUUUUUAACAAGACGAUUUUUUUAACUAGCAGAAUCUCAUUGCGGAGGUCGCAAGUAACAUCUUUAGAGAUAUCAGUGUAUAAUGUACGUACAUAUGUACGUGUGAACAACUUUGUAGUUUAAUUGCUUCAUAUUAAACAUGGCGCAAACGAUGAUACCUAGGAUUGCGCUGUUGUCUAUUAAAAAUAGUAAUCGUGUGCUACCACGAAUUUUUGUUCCCUUGAAAUACCAACGAACAUGUUUCCAUACAAGCUGGGUCCUCGAUGUAAAAGGAAAGGAACUAUUGAUGCCCUCCUUAUCACCUACCAUGGAAACUGGUACUAUCGUCAAAUGGCUCAAAAAGGAGGGUGAUAAGAUUCAACCAGGAGAUGCUGUUGCUGAUAUUCAAACUGAUAAAGCAAUUGUUACAAUGGAAGUGGAUGAUGAAAGUGUUCUUGCAAAAAUACUUAUACCAGAAGGAACCAAGGAUGUUAAAAUAGGAACAUUGAUAGCUCUUACUGUAGAACCAGAUGAAGAUUGGAAGUCUGUUGAAAUGCCAGACAGUGCUUCAGCUGCAACUGUAACCCCAUCUGCACCUCCUGCAGGAGCUAGUAUACCUGCUGCAACUGUAACAGCUGAACCACCUCCAGGACAAAAUAAUGUUACCAUGCCAGCUUUAUCGCCAACAAUGACUACUGGAACAAUAGUAAAAUGGCUUAAAAAGGAAGGAGAUUCUAUAGAACCAGGAGAUGCCCUGGCAGAAAUACAAACAGACAAGGCUGUUAUGACUUUCGAAUUUGAGGAUGAGGCUGUGCUUGCAAAACUUCUUGUUCCAGAAGGAAGUCAAAUUGAAGUAGGACAAUUAAUUGCAAUCACAGUUGAAAAAGGAAUGGACUGGAAAAAUGUUGUUGUUCCAAGUACCACGAAACCGUCUACAACGACAGCCGCACCUCCUCCAGCUGCAGGUGAUAAGAAACCUGCAUCAAGUGGACAAGUAUAUGGUUUAGCAGUAAAACGGUUGUUGGAGGAAUAUGGACUAAAUCCAGACUCCAUUAAAGGAACUGGACGGCCUAAUCGAUUGCUAAAAAGCGAUAUAUUAGCAUAUAUCCAAGCAAAUAAUAUUAAAAAGGUUGCUCCGAAAGUUGAGCCACCACCAGCCGUUGAAACAGGUAAAAAAGAACGCGCUGCUAGUCCUUCGAAGAAACACGUACCUACUGGUCAGGCUUCAGCCUAUGAAGAUAUUCCAGUUUCCAAUAUACGCGGCGUAAUUGCUAAAAGACUUGGAGAAGCAAAAAGUACCAUCCCUCAUUCUUAUGCCUAUAUCGAUAUUAAAAUGGACAAAUUAAUGGAAAUUCGUAGCGAACUUAAAGCUGAUGGCAUUAAUGUAUCAGUAAAUGAUUUCAUAACGAAAGCGGCCGCAUUGGCAUUAGUUGAAUGUCCAUUUAUUAAUACACUGUAUAAAAAUAAUCAGAUAACUCAAAUGCCAAGAGUCGAUAUAUCUGUUGCAGUUUCUACAGAUAAUGGUCUUAUAACACCAAUUGUUUUCGAUACCGCAGCAAAAAGCUUAGUAGAUAUUUCGAAAAAUAUUAAAGAACUAGCUGAAAAAGCUAGAAACGGUCGAUUGAAACCAGAAGAGUUUCAAGGAGGUACAUUUACGAUAUCCAAUUUAGGAAUGUUUGGUAUUAAACAAUUCAGUGCCAUUAUAAAUCCUCCUCAGACAGCGAUACUUGCUGUCGGCAGUGGUCGGAAAGAAUUAGAUGCUACAUUACAAAAAAUAACGAAGAUGUCAGCAACUUUAUCGUACGACAGACGAGCAAUUGAUGAAGAUCAAGCUGCUGACUUUUUAGCGGUUUUAAGAGCUAUGUUAGAAGAUCCAACUUUCUUUGUUGCUGGAAGGUUGCGGGCACUGAGGUAUUCGCAAAACUGACCUUUAAUUAAGUCUUAAUUUUGAUAUGUUUAUUGAUGAAGCGGCUUAAAUUUUAAUACGUUACACAAUUGUUCAUACGAUUUAGAUUCGACAAAAUAUAUUUGGAAAGCAUAAAUUAAACAAAAUUAAUAUUUUUAAGUCGUUUGUUAAAUAAACAUAUCGAUCGAAAUUAAGAACAUCGUUCGUAGCCUCUUACUUUCACUAACUUCUGUAAAAUUAUUAUGCUUUAAAUAUUACAUGUACAAAAUUCACACUACACACCCUAAGAAAUGUAUCUAAAAUAUUUUAUAACCUUGUAGCAAUAGCUAUUUUAAUCAAAGAAAGAUUAUGAGUAUAGCUGCCUAGAUACUGCCAUAAAAUGAAUUCGUGAUAGAACUUGAUUAAAGUUAAUUAAUACCAUAAAUCGUUACGGAUUAGUUAAUUGAAUUGGAAAUAUAAUAUGCCUGUUGCAUAUAAUUCAUUUCCUUGUAAAAAAAUAGAUAAUUAGCAGAAGUACAUGUCCUAUUUGUACAUUUAUUUAAAUGAAAUAAUUGCCACACUGUAGUCUCUCUGUCAUGCAGAAAUAUAUGUAUAUACACAAUAUGUAUAAUACUAACAAGUAUAUAUAAAUUCAAUGCUUUCUUUUAUAGAAACAGUACAAAAACUUAAUUAUUUUUCUUAGAUUAAUAUACCAAAUUUGUACAAAUAUAAUGUAAAUAAUUAUUGUUAAUAUUUAUUUAUUAAAAAAUGUUAUGCGUGAUAAGCAACUUCAGUGUGGUUUAGAUCAAUUUAAAGGGGUGACAAAAUGUACAAGAUCAUACAUAUAUCUUGUAAAUAAAAUAUUUAUUAUUAAAAUGA